GGCGCGGUGCGGAGCCGCAGCUGCUUGUCCGCCUUCACCCAUGGCCGACAUGGAGCUCUUCAGUGCCCAGCAGCCGCAGCAGCCACCCGCUGGGAACGGGAUGCCCGACGGUGGCGAGGAGGAUCCCGCCGCCGCUUUCCUGGCGCAGCAGGAGAACGAGAUCGCGGGCAUCGAGAACGACGAGGGCUACGGCAUCCUGGAGAACGGCGAGGUGCCCGAGGCACUGCAGGGUCCCGAGGGCCUCGGCGCGGAUGCCGUUGAUGGAGUGGUUAACGGGGAUGUCUAUCAGGAGAGUAAUGGUCCCACAGACUGCUAUGCUGCCAUCUCCCAAGUAGAUCGACUGCAGUCAGAACCAGAAAGUAUUCGUAAGUGGAGAGAGGAGCAAAAGGAGCGUCUGGAGCAACUUGAUGCAAACUCACGAAAGCAGGAAGCAGAAUGGAAAGAGAAAGCAAUAAAAGAGUUGGAAGAGUGGUAUGCAAGGCAAGAUGAAAAGCUCGAGAAAACAAAAGCCAGUAACAGGGUGGCAGAUGAAGCUUUCUACAAACAACCCUUCGCUGACGUGAUUGGUUAUGUCACAAACAUAAAUCAUCCUUGCUACAGCCUAGAACAGGCAGCUGAAGAAGCCUUUGUGAAUGAUGCAGAAGAAGUUUUUCCUGGCACUGAGUGGGAACGUGUGGCUCAGCUCUGUGACUUUAAUCCCAAGUCUAGUAAGCAGGCAAAAGAUGUGUCCCGCAUGCGUUCAGUCCUCAUCUCGCUCAAGCAGGCUCCACUGGUUCGCUGAAGCAAAGCUCAAUGGAGACACUACAAAUGCAAUAUCUUAACCUUACUCAGAGAAGCUGUGUUUGCAGUAAUUUGAUUUAUUGUUUCAAUGUGUAUUUUUGGACCACAUCAUGAUGUAUCUAGAGCUGAUCAUCGUUUGAUUGCAUGUUCUUCCUGAUGUUUCCUUUCUGUGUCUGAAAUGGGAGAACCUCCAAAACUGUAGUCUCUGUGCUGUUGUGCACCGAGGUGUCACUUCCUACAUUACUGAUAUUAAAGAUCUGUUAAACAGCAAAA